AUGUCUUUAUUAAACAGAGCUCGUAUUCCAAUUACUCAAACUUCUGCUUUCUUGAGAUUCAGUGCAGGACAACAACAAGUUCGUCAUUUGAAUCUCCAUGAAUAUCAAUCAAAGAUGUUGAUGGACAAGUAUGGUGUCAACACUCAAAAGUGGAGAGUGAUCUCCAAUGCCUCGGAAGCCCAAAAGGCUGCCAAGGAAUUGAAUGCCAAGGAGUUGGUCAUCAAGGCACAAGUACAUGCCGGUGGUCGUGGAAAGGGAACUUUCAUCGAGACCGGUUUCAAGGGAGGUGUCCAGUUGUGCACCACCCCACAGGAAGCCGAGCGUCUCUCUGCUGAGAUGUUGGGUAAGCACUUGGUUACCAAGCAAACCACCAAAGACGGUACUCUUGUCCAGAAAGUGAUGAUUGCCGAAUCGGUAGAUCCAUCGCGUGAGCUCUACUUUGCCAUCUUGAUGGACCGUGCCUCUGGUGGUCCAGUGUUGGUCGCCUCGCCAAAGGGUGGAGUCGACAUUGAAGCGGUCGCCGAAGAGACUCCAGAGUUGAUCUUCAAGGAGCCAAUCGAUAUCAUGAAGGGUGUCCAACCGGAGCAAACUCUCCGUCUUGCCAAGAAGCUUGGAUUCACCGGUGACAAAGUUGCCGUCGCCCAAAAGCAAAUGGAGAAUCUCUACGAGCUCUUUAUCAAGUCGGACGCCACCCAAGUCGAAGUCAACCCAUUCGCCGAGACAACCAACGGUGAGAUCUACGCUAUGGACGCCAAGAUCAAUUUCGACGACAACGCAUCGUUCCGUCAGAAGCAGAUUUUCGACAUGCGUGAUGUUGCCGAGGAGGAUCCACGUGAGGUUGCCGCCAGCAAGUUUGGAUUGAACUACAUCGGUAUGGAUGGAAACAUCGGUUGUUUGGUCAACGGUGCCGGUCUUGCUAUGGCCACAAUGGAUAUCAUUAAAUUACACAAGGGAACACCAGCCAAUUUCUUGGAUGUCGGUGGUGGUGCCACUGCCGACCAGGUCAGAGAGGCAUUCAAGAUCAUCACAACCGAUCCACAGGUAAAGGCUAUUUUGGUCAACAUUUUCGGUGGUAUCAUGAAGUGUGACAUCAUUGCACAGGGUGUCGUCUCUGCAUGCCAACAAAUCGGCUUGAAGAUCCCAUUGGUUGUCCGUUUGGCCGGAACCAACGUUGAGAUUGGUCAAAAGAUUUUGAAGGACAGUGGUUUCAACAUCAUCACCGCCGUUGAUUUGGACGAUGCUGCCAUCAAAGCCGUUGCUGCCAUGAACAAAUAA